UCGGUACGGGAAGGACGUUGUCUAGGCCGACGGACAGAGACCUGUUGUCUGGGGACGCAGAGUGUCUGGGCAAUCCGCUUCUCUCAGAAGGACGAAGCCGGAGGCGGAAUGGGGGAAAGAGAACGAGCGAGGGAACUGUAACUGAAGCAGGAGUCCAGUCCGGUUGGUUUCCGAAGGAGUUAUAUCCAUCUCUACACUCCAACACAGUGCAGAAAGAAAGAUCUGUAUUCAGUUGAGAGAGAGAGAGAGAGAGAGAGAGAGAGAGAGAGAGAGAGAGAGAGAGAGAGAGAGAGAGAGAGAGAGAGAGAGAGAGACCGGCGUGUUCUGUGGGUAGUAUUGUGAUCUUCUGCGGCGCUCAGGACAGAGAGAGGCGGGAAGGAGAGGGAGGAGUGGUCAUUGUCGGCGCGAGCGCGAGUGGCUGUGUGGGAUAUUUGUGGUCCGUCUGGGUUGUGAAUCAGGAGCUCUCUUCUGCGCGGAGAGAUCGUCUGAAUCAUCUAGUCUCUGCUGGAAGUCUGGGGCGGAAACGAGAAGGGAGACGAAGGCGCCAUAGUCUAGAAGAGUGAAGGGAGUCGUACUAUAGCUUAUAGGAUUGUCCAGACAGCUGGGAGCAAGAUGGGAGCAGGGCGUGCCGCACAGCACUUUGCCCCACCGGAGACUGUGAAGGUUCUAGAGAUGACAGUGCUGUCUGCAAAGGGGCUGGCGAUCUCCACGAGGCUUGGGAGGUUGAUGUCCCUUUACGUCCGCAUCUCGCUCGAUGGAAAGCAGAGGCAGACGACCAAGUGUGUCCGAAGCUCUGGACCGGAACCGGAGUGGAAUGAGAAGCUCUUUUUCAACCUCGAUGAAGACACUCUUGCUCGGCCGCUCGACCCCAGCCGGAGGCUCAUCACGCCGGACGACGACUUCAGCGGGUUUUUGAUCGAAAUUUAUCAGGGACGCCCGCUUUCGCGGAAGUUGCUCGGAGCGCAGAUCCUGACCGUGAUGCAGGCAAUUGAGUUCUCGAACAGCGGCUUCACAUACCACACGCUCUGUCUGCGAGGAUCCGAAGCGUAUAUCAACCUUGGGCUGAGGCUGGCUGACCCUGUGGUGCCGAUGGAUCAGGAUGUCGAGAUGCAACCGGGCUGCUCGCCAAAGACGCAUUUGCGCAGCAACAGCUGCGUCAGGAGGCCGUCUGUUGUCGGGAUGACGCUCGACCAGAAUGGUGCCGGCGUGGCCGUGAUGAGGUCUCCUCCGCCGCAGGUGAGAGGGACAGCCAAUGCUUGCCAGCAACCUGGCAGCAUGUCAGUCAAGAAAGCCGCCGCUGUUGCAGUUGCAUCUGUUGGCCUUCCUCCUCCUCGCUCCCCUGCGGCUCCCCCUGUGGCUCCUCUUUCACCCAUGCGCGACCACGUCCUGGCAAUCGGUCCAAGCAGUGCACAGGAUGACGCCAACAAGUCGCCGGUGGAAGGUCUAGCCAGGGUCCUGUCGAUAGGGAACAGCUCCCGAAAGCGUGUGGAAGCCUUACCUGCCCGGCCGCAGUUCCGGUCGGGUUCGAGCCGCGUAUCUGCAGAGCCAUCAGGGUCCCACAAAGGUGCCUACGACAGCAGCAACAUGCCUCCUGUGCGACUUAUCAAGCGUCCUGGACUUGCCUUCUCCACCAAAGGACCUCCUCUCCCGAAGCUUGUCGUUCCCUAUCGGGACCGAGUUGCACAGAGUCAGCAGAACGCCAACGGCGCAUGCGCGGUGGGUAAAGCAGGCACCAUAAUAGCUCAGCCUUUGGAUCGGUGCUCGAGCGAAAGCGAAAAUGUGCAAGGGGAGUCUGGCGCAAGAGCAAACGGUCACGGAAGAAUCGAAGAAACACAGCCCUCAGCGCGGGUAUCCAAGUCUGGAGGCCCUAGGCUUUCACCGAGGAAUCCUGUCGCGAAUCCAAACUACUAUAAACUGCAGGGGGAUGCAUCAUUGGCGUCAAGUUCCACGGACUACGCUGGUGUGGAGUGGUCUCCAGUGGGUGUUCUGUUUUCCCCUGGUUUGUGUCUGGGUCGCGAACGAGGGAGCGGGGGGCGUGAUCACAAUGACAGAUGGCACUUGCCAGCGGUCUUGGAAGUUGAAGAAACUUGUCUCACCCCCACCGCUGGACGGAGCGCUUCCACCAACGUCGCCUCUACCCUGCCUGAGAGUGAGAUAGGACGUACGGGAAGAGUAUCCACACAUGAUGCCUGUGAAGGGGCAGACAAUCUGACAAAGGUUGAGAGCUCUAAAGCUGUGGCAGCCGCUGCCACGCCUGGAGUCACUGCUGCCAUUCCGACAACCCCUCCGGCGAUGAUGUCUGCAUCCUCGCCAUCGAUAGGCGGAUGAAUUCAGUGAGGAGGGUUCUCUCAUAGGGAACAAGACAGCUUUGUAAGAAGGAACUAUCAGUUUUGAUGGGGAGUUUAGGGCUGCCCCUUGUGUUAAUUUAAUCUAAUCGUUCUGUGCAGAAUUUACUUGAUUGAUUGGUUAGUUGGAAAGUGGGCCAGGUUCAUCAGCCAUCCACCCUCGUUGGCGUGGAGCGGGGUACUCGAAAAUGAUACGCCUGCUCAUGGGCUACUCUUCGUCCUCAUCUUAAGUGCUGUGGCACUUUCGCUUCCGUUUUGUAUGUUGCAGUGUUUUACAGUAUGUCGGCUAUCCAACUUGUGCGAAACUUUUGUGCAUGGAAGAAGGGGACUCUCCGUCGGCGCCUCUCCCCUCGUACCGGUACGCUGAACUCACCUCGUAUCGAUAAAUACCAUAUUUCCAUGCUGGGCAUUCGAUAUCCAUUGGAUUCUGUGUGAUUCGAAGCCCAUGUUGUACCUUGAGAAAGGUGGUCACUUACACACCAAAGUGCGCUGCAUUGUAGAAGGGGAGGAGACGUCCAUCGCCAGCCAUGGAGAAAAAAAAUAACCGCCCCAGGCACUAUGUUCUUGGUACAGUUGCUUGAGGAUGGGUCAGCUAGGCCGAGCGCCUCAUUUACCUAAGCUAACCUGUGUGUAUGAAUGACCACAGCGGAUCUCCGACCAAGCGACUGGUCCUUGCCGUGGUCGCAACGCUCCCAUGUGCUCUCUGGAAUGUCGACGGAAGCGGGAAAUUGCACAGGGAGCAUACGCAUGGCCCCCGUGCAAGGGAUGGCAUGCGGAAAAUUAUGGCAUGCUGAAAUUAAGGAGGAAAGCUGGCGGUCUAUCUUUAGCAGGCGGCUUUCCGGCCAAGCUUGUACAGGAAGGUGUGAUGAUUCUUAAUGGGGACUGUGUUUGUGGACGAGCCGUCGGCCACAGUAUGUCGCUUCCAUAAAGCUGGAAUUCUGAUGGUUGGCAGGCGGCUUUCCGGCCAAGCUUGUACAGGAAUGGGGAUGAUUGUUAGUAGAUGAGCGCCCGACGCCCGUCUCGUAGUCUGUGACUUCCAGCAAAGGGAUUUGUGAGAUGGAUACUUGUCCCAGCUUCCUCAUUGGUGGCGGGACUCCCACCAGUGUAGCCUUUUCUUUUCCCUCUCUGCAGUGCAGAAAGUGAAUUGAAUGAGAGCAUGCUCUCCAUUAUUUGGCGAAGGAUUGACAUUACUCUCACCCACUCGCUCAUUGUAUACGGACGGCGACUCCCGGGCGGCUGGCAGACUCGGCAACCGUAUUCUUGGUAAUGGGAAGAGAGAGAGAGAGAGAGAGAGAGAGAGAGAGAGAGAGAGAGGGUGUACAAAUGGGAGAAGAAGAUAAGGGGUGGGGAGGGUUGGGUAAAGAACUCAUAUAUGGUGUUGGAAGAGUGAGGGAGGUGAACAUCACAGGACUGAGAAGAACAAGAGGGAGAAGGGGAGGGGAGAGAUGGAACUGAACGGGGCAGACAAAGGAGGGCGGGGGGCAGGGGGGCAAUAGACUGGAAAUGCGCAGAGUGAGAAGGGGAUGGGAGAGACGGAUCUGAAGGAGGCAGACAAAUGAGAGAGAGGAAGAGGGGGGCGUGGCACCAAGGAGUAAGGUGGCAAGGAAUACAAGCACACACAGGUGAAAAGAGAGAGAGAGAGAGAGAGAUUGUGGAGAUGUGAAUGAGAACAACAUCAGGCUGUAUGACGUGACAGUGUGUGUGUGUCACACACACACACACACACACACACACACACACACACACAGAGAGAGAGAGAGAGAGAGAGAGAGAGAGAGAGAGAGAGAGAGAGAGAGAGAGAGAGUUGGAGCGUUUUUAAUUACUGAUACCUUCCCUUCUCUGAACAUCUCUUCCGUGCCUGUAGCGAGGUGGAUUAUGUCCACGAAAUUAUGUUAGUGUUUUUUCUCUCAUCUUCUCUGGCGGUGGGAAGGGCCACUUGUGGGCCAAGUUACCUGUGUUCCGCAAGGCCUCCAUCUCAGAGUCGACAUCGGGACUCGUGGAUUUAUUUUUUAAUUCGAAGUUAUCAUUCUUUAUUUGUUGUGGUGUCUUCCAGUGCUAGAUUCUUCGCUGUGUGGUUGUGCAGAACAGUGAUUGAGCCACUAGUACACAAAGAUGUUCCCACAUGUAGCACAUCGCACAUGGAUGCGCAUACGUCACAGCACGCGCAUGACAACACACACAUACCGCUGUGUUGAUGUGUUCUUUUGUGUGUAAGAGAGAGAGAGAGAGAGAGAGAGAGAGAGAGAGGUUGUGGAGAUGUGACUGAGAACAAGAUCAGGCGGUAUGAAGGCGAAGCGACAAUAAUCGUGUCAUUACGGGAGUUUCCACACAAUUUUUGCACAUGAACGCUUGCGAAGGGACAAGGAUUUCCUUUUUGUC